AUGCCGAAAACGUCCAACAAGUCACAAGGGUGGGGUGGACGCAACAAUCGAGGAAACAAUCCCUCCGAGGAUAAUCAUUACUUCGGUCAUGACGAUCGUGUACCAAGAAAUGAUAGAGGAUCUCAAGCUGGUACAUCCAGACCUCGGGUGUCGUUUAAAACACACAGACCAAACAACAGAGAGAUGUCACGUAACAUGGCACUGAGUUUGGACGAAGAUGUCCCAAUGACAAGUAAUUCUAACAACAAUACCAGACAAGUGAUCAUUAAUCCCAGGAUGUCGUCUCAAGAUAAGGAUAAGAUGCACAAGGCUUGGCAAAGAACGAUUGCUCGAGGCAGAAAUAGUCCUUUACCAAAUAGGAACUUUAAGGGAGGCCAGAUACCUGGCUCUAGAUCACAGUCGGGGUUGACGUCUUUGGGCGACGCUAGCUGGUUUAGAGUCAGCAUACCAUAUGGUCACAAAUAUGGAAAGGAUUACGUUUUAAGAACCUUAUUGGCUUAUAUAGCACCUCAAGUAUUUGUUCCGAUAACAUAUAAAAUAAUGGGGAAUGAGGCGAGUUUCUUCGUCGAUGAUUUCAAAACGGCAAAUGCACUGUUAAAUUGUAAUCGCAAGAUCACGAUGACAGACGGCUUUAAAUUAGUAGUAAGAGUGAGACCAGGUUUUCCACAGUGCGAGAUUGACGAUAAGUUGAAAGAACGAUUAAAACAAGCCAUGGCUAAGAGAUACGUGCAAGAAACGAAUGCUUUGGACUUGUCAAAAUUCCAUCACGACCCUGACCUAGUUGCUGAUUACUUUUGCGCAUUAUUCCGCCCGGCGAUGUUAAUUGCUGUAUUAGAUAUCGUAGCCGAACACAUACCGACCUUAGAAGCCUUAAACUUGGAAUCCAAUAAGCUACUAGGCAUCGAAAGGUUGAACGUGUUAAGUAAGAAGUUCUCAAGAUUGAAGAUUCUUUAUAUUGGUGAUAACAAAAUCAAAGACAUUCAUCAAAUGGAUUUUAUUAAGGAUCUAAAGCUAGAGGAACUGCGAUUAACUGCAAAUCCCCUCUGUAACAAGUACAAGUCCCGACAAAAUGAUUAUAUAAGCGACAUUCGGAAACGAUUCCCAAAGCUGCUGCGUCUGGACGGCAUGGAAUUACCACGACCGAUCGUGUUUGACGUUGUGGAAACUGCCAAAGUACCACCAUCGCAAAGGAUGUUCGUCAGCAAUGCAAAAGCGCAGGAAAUUGCGAGUCAGUUUUUGCAACAAUACUUUACGAUAUUCGACAGUGAAAGUCGUCAGCCCUUACUUGACGCGUACGACGAACAUGCAUGCCUCAGCAUGACGAUAACAACUAGCCAUCCUAACAAGUUGAACGGCUAUCUCAUGGAGAAUCGAAACUUGUUCCGAAUGAAUGACACUGUCAGAAGACAGAAAUUAUUAAAACAAGGUAGAUUAUCCGUGGUUUCUUUCAUAUCGGAACUGCCGCGGACAAGGCACUUUCUAAAUACCUUUACUAUGGAUAUCACUCUUGCUACGCAAACAAUGAUGUUCGUUACGAUAACGGGUUACUUUCAAGAACUGACAGAAGGAGGAGGCUCCAACAGAGGGGGGGAACCUAUUCGUUACUUUAAUCGCACGUUUAUAAUCGUACCAGAGGGCAGUGGAUACUGUAUUCGCAACGAACAGUUACAUAUUAGCCAGCCGUUUGAGGCACAAUUGAAGCAACUGAACGAGCAGCAACUCAACAGCCAGCAGUCUCAAGCGGAAACGCCGGCGUUAUUGGUGCCCGCGGAGACAGCAAAACCCGUAACUCAAUCAGAACUCAGCGAAGAAAUAAAACAACAAAUGACGAUGACGCUGAGCCAGCAAACGAACAUGAAUCUCGAAUGGAGCUUGAAAUGUUUGCAAGAAACACAAUGGAACUAUGAUAAUGCUCUCUUCGCCUUUCAAGAAUUCUAUAAACGUGGUCAGAUACCGCCGGAAGCGUUUACAAAGUAGUUCGUGAAUACAAAGUAAGUAACAUACAAUUUCAUAGUUCCAUUUAUCGUUUCCGAUGUGUUGUUAAACAUCUUCCCUUGUAUCAAUUAUCAGAAUUAAAUCUAAAAAGGAAAGCUCAUGUCUAAUACAUUUAUGGGAAGUAUGUUUCACGAUUAGUUGUGGGUUUUGUAUCGCUGCAAAGUCGUUGAGGAUGUUCAUUUUUAUAAAAAAUACAUAAAAAAAUAUACAUACAUAUAUAUAUCGACUUAAAAAAAAAAUAUAGUAGGUUUAGAUAUACUUUGCGGAUAUGAAAGGAGCGAUAUCUGCAAAUAUAUAUAUCGACUUAAAAAAAAUAUAGUAGGUUUAGAUAUACUUUGCAGAUAUGAAAGGAGCGAUAUCUGCAAAUAUCUAAAAUUAUCUUACCUAUUUAGAUUUACAGGUUACACGUACACAUACAUGCGCGGAAGGAAGCUUGUUAAAAGAUGAUGAUCAUACUCCUAAUGUAUAUUUAUUAUUUUGUAAUGUAAAAAUCGUAUAGAUUUUAACAAGUUUCCAAAAAAUAGAAUUAUGUAUGGCGCGUGUAUGCGUGCAUGCAUGUGUGUUUGUAUGUGUGUGUGCGCGCGCGCACACAUACAUACAAGCACACACACAUAUGCAUACGCAUAGAUAUAAAGUAUACUACUUGUUGGUACCACUGAAACAUAUUGCAAAAGUAUAGUUUUGUUACUGAACAAAAUUUGUUCCAUAAUUUACUUCUUAACAAUUUUUAUUUAUGACUUGUACAGUAAAGAUUUAUUGGUUCGUAUACGAUGAAGCAUAUAACACAUUAAAAUAUUGUCGUAACUGAAAAUGUCCAAGAUAUUGAAAAAUCCGUUUUUCAUUGGUGCCAUUACUUUGAUAGUCUGAUAAAGUUAAAUAUCAGCAUGUAAAGCGAAUAAUAUCGUAUUUGCGCUUUAUAUUUCAUGAAAUUUUUGAGUCUUUUGUCAAUGCCUAAUACAAAAAUGAUAAAGAUCUCUAUCAUUUGCCGAAAAAAAUGACAUAAGAAUGUUAACAUCAGACGAAAGAAAAGGAACGAAGCGAACAUGAUACACUCUUUUAUAAUCUAACAUCCUUUCUACAUCACUUAGAUAUUCAUGGAUAUUCUUUGUAAAAUAUAGAGCAAUUUUUUAAAUAAAAUAUAGUACAAUUUUCUUGUUAUGAUAAUGUGACACAUCACUGCAGGUACACAGAAACUUGAUAUUGCGAAAGGAUUAAUAACUAAUAAAAGAUUGAUAACUCACACUUCUCACGUGCAAAUAAGCCACAUUUAUUUUAAUAUAUUAGAUCAUUAACUAGGUAGUCCGCGUCUCGAUUGCGAAUGAAUGACAGCACAACACAUAGCUUGUCAUGUAUUAAUUUCAUAACAGGAUAAGAGCAAUCUUUAAAAAAGAAAAAAGAAAAUUCUCCAAAA